GAAAGAAAAAAAAAGUAAAGUAAAGUAAAGUAAAGUAAAGUAAAGUAAAGUAAAGUAAAGAAAAGAAAAAACAAGUAUGUACGUACUUAACGCCCCCCGUCUUAAUUUCGCGAUGUGUCGUAGCAUAUACAAGCACUUAGGAGAUAUAUAUAUAUAUACACACACAUAUAUACAUAUAUAUAUAAAUAUAUAUAUACUUAUGUAUAUUUAUAUAUAUAUAUAUAUAUUUUAGAGAUGUCAAGUAUAUGUCAAAACUCGUUUCCAGCUGGUCUGAUCGGGUAUCACUCUGAUAUAAUUAUUAUGCGUUUAUAACUGGCAAAGAUGCGAGUAGCAAAUUAAACCUUUGUAAUGAUAACAAAAAAAAAAAACAAAAGCGCAUGCAAUCCAAAAAUUUGACGUAUGAUGAGUAUAAUUAAAAAAAAAAAAAAAAGAAAAAAAAAGAUACAUUUAUGAACGUUUGUCUAUGCUGUUUUUGCGAACAUUUGAGUAUGAAACGAAAAGGAGUCCGAGAUUUCUGUACAUCCACCCUCAUUCGAUGAAUAAAAAUCUUCCAUGAUACGAAGAACGUCGAAGUCAACUAAAGUUUUGUGUUUAUAUCUCUCUAAUCAUUAAGUAUAGGAUCCAGUUUAAUUUAAUAUGUUCUAUUCUUAUUAUUAAUAUUAAUAGUUGGUGUUAGGAACUUGAAAGUUCAUUGCCACAAAUAUCAAAUCCCGCCAAUGUUCCCGUUCCUGAGAGCGCAUACGUUCUAUUUUUAGAAAAGAAAACUGAUAAUCUUAUUAUACAAUUGCAUAUGUAUUUUAUUUUAUUGUUUUUUUUUUUUUUUUAUUACUUUACAGCCUAAAGAGGCUGUGAAGUUAGUUUUGAGAACGAUUAUUUCUAUUUUACCGAGGGUAGGUUGCUAGCCUCUCCCUCGAACCCUCCUCCUUUAUCUGGGCUUGGGACCAGCUAGCUAUUAUCUAGGUAUCUAGAUAUUAACUAGGCGGAGUUUAAAAUGUACGUUAUCAUUUGUUUUUCAAUAUCCGUCAAAAUUAUACGUAAUUUUCCUUUGUUAGAUCAUUGAUAUUUCGUUAAAUUUAAUUGGAAUUUAAAAUGUGAUUUAAUACAAGCUAUGAUUGAUUACGUAAAAACAUUAUCUGCUGUUGUUUUUCUGUUUUUAUUAUUUUUAACUGAAAUCUACAAGACGAUAGAUACACUUAAGGAAAAGAACCGGAAUAAUCAUCAUUUAUUAUCAUUAACAUUAAACAAUAAUAAUAUGUUUGGAUGAUAUAAGAUGAAAUAAAUGCAUUCUCAUCGUAUGAGCAAAUUAGUCAAUAUUUCAGCGGAAGUUUAAAUUGUCAAAAUAUAAAACGUAACGAGAGUCUCUAACCACUCGUUAAAAUUGUUGACGCAUUUAAUGAUGAUGAUGAUGAUACGCUAGAGCAAAAGUUAGGUCAUGAUAAUAAUAAUUUUCGCAAGACUUCUCUACUUGUGUGGUAGGACCUUUGUUAUGAAAUAUUUGAUAGCUUUUCUCAAAAUUCUAAUUAUGUAAUAUACUCCUACUUAUCUCGGUCAUAUUAUAGAGUUAAAGAAAAUUAUUAUUAUUAUACUAUUACUAUUAUUAUUAUUGUUUGUGAUUGGAAUCUUUAUUAAAAAGCAAGUGUACAGUGCAUGUACGCACCACAAAAGUUUACAAAAGAUCACAGUAUUCACAUAAAAAGUUUAUACGUAUUGUAAAUGAUAAUGUUUUUAAUAUGUGCUGGUCUUUGAUCAACAACACCACUAGCAAAGAUUUCGAAGGCCAACGAUAUUUCGUUCUGAGAGACACGGAUAACAAAGUUUUGCUCUUUAUCUUUUGAACUCGCUCGCAACACACAACUCUUUCUUGCCGGUCAAAUAGAUAAAUGUAUAAAUCAUAUUAAAUGUUCAUACGUGGUUUAGUACAUGUUCGUCUCUCGGGAUGAAUUCGUCGCAUUAAAAAUAUUUCAUUUCAUUUUUAUUCUCCUUAUUGUUACUUUCAGUGCUGAUAGAACAAGAAUAUUCAAAAUUGUUUGUACCAUACCAGUCGAUGAUCACUACAAAGGAAUCUAAUUGUGCCUAUAUGAGCAUUACAAUCAUUGAAAAACAUCCAAAUCAAGAAUCGGUGGAAAUAUUUCAAAAUCAAGCUUCAAUUAGGUCAAACAAAAUUGCUGAAUACGCAGAUAGGACUUUUUUGAAAAAUCUAUUUAAAGAACUGCUUUUUGAAAGUUGCGAAGAUUGUGAAAAAAUGGCUGCGGUACCACAAGCAGCGUUUGCAGCGUGCAAAGUCCGAUGCAAUGAACAACAUGACGAUAAUAAUAUGAUAUCACCGAUAGAAGGAAAAGAAAAAGCAAGCAAAGAAAACAUAUUUAAUGGUAGAUUAUACCCAGAAGGUUUGGAACUUACACCCUUGAAAUAUAACAGCAAACUGAUGAACAGCAUAUGGGGUUUAUACAAUCGCUACUCUGUACAUAAUUUCAAGAAAAAUACUGAUGCCGAAAAAGGGUUCUUAGCGACUGCAUGGCAGACAGUUUAUUCUAAUUCUUCUUCCAUUAUGUCUGCUCCAGUCGUUUCAGCUUCAACUACUAUGGAAACUCCUCAGAUUGUAGAUACCAAUAAUAGUAUUUAAUUAAUCGAAUGAUAGUUUUGAGCGUCAAUGGACUUGUAAUGGAAAUAUCACCGGAAGUCAAUGAUGGUGUACCAGUUAAUUUCCUACCAGUAGGAACAGGAUCUUUCCUUUUAUCAAUUUUAUUUUGUCAUAUAAGAAAAAUAUUCAAAUAUUAUUCAAAUGACUAUUUUAAUUGAACAAUUAAUAUUUUUCUGAAUAUAAAAAAAGUAGUAAUUAAAACUACAGAACUUCGAAACUACGAAUAAGAUAAUGAACUAUAGAUAGUUCUCUAUUCAUGGGUAUAAUAUUUGUUAAUUAUUCGUGAUAGAGAAUGAGAAUUUUGAACGUAGCAGAGAUGUGUCGUAUUUUGAUUUAUAUGUUUUCCUAUAUGUUAAAAUAGUUUACACAAAAAUUGUUUUAUUACUAUGUAAAAUCAACUGGUAUUUAUUGAUCGACCGGAAUAAGAAUAUUAAAUAAAUUGCUAUUUGCCAUGAA